GAGAGUGAUAUUCUGCUGUGAAGAUGUCUGUGUCUUCGCUCUACCUCAAACAAGACAACAUUGUGCGCUUCAAGAGGAGAAAAGCACGUUUCUCCUUCAGUGAAGUGCACAUCCUGCUGGACGAAGUGCGGAAGAACCGCCACAUUGUUGUGGGUAAGUUUAACGCCGGCGUUCCCUCUGACGUGAAGCGCAGGAAAUGGGCUGAGAUCACGGCACGUGUUAAUGAGAUUGGAGAGUGUGACAGAGAGAUCAUGGAGGUGAUCAAGAAAUGGUCUGAUCUUAAGUGCGACACGAAACGUAAAUUGGCUGCACUGCGGACGGGUCUUUUGGUGUCCCAGAGAUUGGCACGGUCCAAUAUUGAACUGUCCCCAAUGGAAGUCAUUGUGGAAUCCAUCCUCGAUCUGAACAAGAAACCGUGGGAAGCUACACAGCGGUCCAGAUCUCGCAGUCAAGGUGACGAUCAAGAGGCUGUGUGUGAGGAUGAGGAAGAGGAGGAUGGAGGGUUUGUGGGAAUGGGGUCGGUCAACAGUUCCCCGAGCAGAGGAAUGGAUGUGGGAGGAAUGCCUGCUAUUACAAGUGGAUCUGGGGGUGCAAGUGAGGUGCAGUAUGACAACUCCAAAACUGGAGAUCCCGAAUCCCACUUAGACUCAGAUGAGGACAACCGUGACCUCUUCCCAACAUCCUCUAUGGCAUCUGUCACUAACUCGUACUCUGAGGAGGAUGGAAUUGCAACUAGAGGCAGUACUGGACACGUUUCCUCCACAGCCACCACUUCUACUAAAAGACCCUCGUCUUUCUCAGGAGUGGAGCCAGACAGUUCACGUGAGCAGUUAGUGCACAGUGCAAGCCUUAGCGUGCAAGAGCAGCACACCACCAACACUCUUCUUGCUACAGUCUCCCGUUCACUUGAGUUCCUUGCGGAGUCAGUGCAGCAGCUAGCAGAGACGCAACAGGAGUUUGCACGAGAAUCACUGCAGCUACAGAGGGACACUGUGCAAGUGUUGCGAGAUUUUGCCUCCGGCACUCUAACAAUACUGCAUGAAAAGGUCAACGGCAAACCGGCAUUGUGAAAUUUGUGUUUAGCAAUCAAAUGACAACCAACAAGCAACACAGUGUGUGACACAUUGUUGAUACGAUACUGCAGCCAGGCUGCAAAUUAGGGAUGCACCGAUAUGAAAAUUUUGGCCGAUACCGAUAACCGAUU